AUGAUCAUACCUACAAUUAUCGGUGCGGUGCUCUUUUCUGGGCAGGCUUUCGCUCAGUACCCUCCCCCUCCGGAGGGGUUAAAGUGGAUUGAUUCCAAAGUUCUUCUUGGUGUCACGCUCAGUUACAAGAAGGUGCCGGGUAACUUCUGUGACUCGGCGUCAGAAUCAUACGCCGGUUAUGUCAAUUUUCCACCGAAUACGAUGAAGGACGCAAUCCAAGACUUCCCCGUAAGCCUAUUCUUCUGGUACUUCAAAUCCCAGUCGGACCCGGCGACGUCCCCGUUGUCGAUAUGGCUCCAAGGUGGGCCCGGGGGAUCGUCGAUGUUCGGGGCGUUUACAGAAAAUGGUCCCUGCCCUGUAAAAAAUGACUCCCAAUCCACGUACCGCAAUGAGUACGCUUGGACGAAGCAUUCGAACAUGCUCUAUAUUGACCAACCGGUCCAGACUGGCUUCAGCUACGAUAUCGCAACCAACGGAACCUUGGACCUGCUGAGUGGGGAUGUCAUUCCAGAUUCUGACACUCAAGGUCCCUUCAACCAGACCGGAACGUUUAGCAGCCAAACGCUGACGUCCACGGCCAACACCACUGCUAACGCCGCGCGGCAUCUCUGGAACUUUGCCCAAGUCUGGCUUCAAGAUUUCGAUGUCUACAAGGACCAAUCCGAGAACGAUCGAGUCAGCAUUUGGACAGAGUCCUACGGCGGGCGCUACGGUCCCGGCUUCGCGGCGUACUUCCAUCAGCAAAAUGAAAAGAUCACUGCCCCUGACACCUUCACUCCGAUAAACCUGGACACCUUGGGCGUUAUCAACGGAUGCAUUGACCUUCGCAAACAAGAAACAGCUGAUCCGGAUUACGCCUACAACCGAAACACCUUUGGAGUGACUGCGAUUGACAGGACACAAUGGGCUGAUGCAAUCGAGGACUACGAGAAGCCAUCCGGGUGUCAAGACCAGAUCGACAACUGUCUUCAUCUGGCCGCAAAGCACGAUCCCCAUAUGUACGGCAAUGUCACACUGGUCAACAACGCAUGCUUCGACACAAGCACAAAUUGCCAGGCAGAAGUCGAAGCGGCAUACAUCUUCACCAGUAACCGAGGCUUCUACGACAUCGGCCACUGCAGCCUGGACCCAUUCCCCGCCAACUACUUCAUCGGCUACUUGGCCGAGGCCGAGGCCCAACAGGCACUAGGAGUCCCCGUAAACUUCACCCUGAUCUCUAACACAGUUGGGAGGGCAUUCAACCUCACCGGUGACUACGCGCGUCGAGACUCCCUAGGUUACCUCGGGGACAUUGCCUAUCUCCUCGAGCACAAUGUCCAAGUAGCAUUGGUGUACGGAGAUCGAGACUUCGCCUGUAACUGGGUGGGAGGGGAAAGGGUCAGUCUUGACGUACAAUAUGAGUCAUCCACCGCAUUCCAAGCAGCUGGGUACGCGAAUAUCAGCAAUGCCGAUGGCUCAGACGUCUGGGGCCAGGUGCGCCAGCAGGGGAAUUUCUCCUUCAGCCGUAUCUACCAGUCUGGUCAUAUGGUCCCCUCGUAUCAACCGGAAGCUGCUUUGGAGAUCUUCCGGCGUGUGAUGAAUGGCAAGGAUGUGGAGACGGGCGAGGUCGAGAUCACACCCAGCUACUCAACUAAUGGCACCUCGGCAUCCACGCACACAGAUAGGCUACCACCAGCCCCCUCCCCAACAUGCUACCUCUGGGCGCUGAAGGGAACAUGCGCGAAGAAUCAAAUCGACGCUGUCGGGGAUGGAAAAGCCAAGAUCAAGAACUAUAUCAUCACAGAGCCGGAGCAACCGAGUGAUGCUUGUCCGUAUACACCUACCUCUGAUGAUUCUAUAAAUCCUGCAUUAUCAGGUAUUCACUGGCAUCAGGGCUUGUAG